CUAUUUGAACCAAACAAAGGGUCUGGUAAUAGGAUGUGCGAUGUGGUUUACCCAAACAAAUGGAGAAAAGGAAGGCGAAAGCAGUGUUCAUGGCCUUCGGCACUAAAGGCGAUGUCUACCCUCUUGCUGCCAUUGCUGCAGCUUUUGCUUGUGACCAGAAACAAUACCAUGUCAUGUUAAUAACUCACUCCGCACACGAGAGCUUGAGUCCUCACUUGGCUGAAAAACAAGUUCAAUUUUGCCCAGUUUCAUCGCCCCCAGUUCUUUCUGCUGAUCAGAAUGACGACACUGAAGGGAAAGCAGAAUCUUCUUUUUUCUUGCAGAAAAGGAAAGUUACAAGAGACCAUAGACAAGAAUGCUAUUCUUUAAUUGAAAGGAUAUUUGGAGAUGGCCCAAGCUUGGACGGUGAUCUUAUUGUGAUAAAUUUUUUUGCUUUGGAAGGUUGGAGCCUUGCAGAAAGUUUUCGUGUCCGUUGUGUUGUCGCUGCUCCUUAUGUUGUUCCAUACAGUGCACCUGCAACAUUUGAAAGCCAAUUCCAAAUAGAGCUUCCUCUUUUGUAUAAAUACCUUGUUGAUGCUCCUUCUGGUAAGGUCUGCUGGAAGGAUGUAACUCAUUGGAUGUGGCCACUUUUCACAGAAAAUUGGGGAUCAUGGAGAAAUGAUGUCUUGCAUCUUAGUACAUGUCCUUUUACUGAUCCAGUAACAAGCAUCCCUACUUGGCAUGAUAGACCACAAUCUCCUCUUGUGAUGUAUGGUUUUAGUAAAGAAGUAGUUGAAUGUCCUGCAUAUUGGCCAUCAAAAGUGCUGGUUUGUGGUUAUUGGUUCCUCCCUAUUGAGUGGCAGUUUACGUGUAUGAAAUGCAGAGAAAUUUCAGUAUAUGCUAAAGAUGCCUUGUGUCCCAGUCAUUUAGAGUUGCAAAACUUUAUGCAGACAGCACCAGUUUUUGUCGGACUGAGUUCUAUUGGAAGCAUGGGUUUUUUAAAAGAUCCUCGUGCAUUUAUUUGUGUUCUCCAAAAUGUCCUGAGCACCACAAAUUAUAGAUUUAUUCUAUUUACAGCUGGAUAUGAACCCUUAGAAGCAAUCGUUCGUACCAUUGCUGCUGAAGCAUCAUUUGAGCAAAAAAAUUGGAGUGAUGAUUGUCUCCCUCUUUUUAAUGGGCAACUCUUGUGUUUUUCUGGUUCCGUACCAUAUGGUUGGCUUUUCCCAAAAUGUGCUGCUGUAAUUCACCACGGAGGCAGUGGAACUACUGCUGCUGCAUUACAAGCAGGCAAACCACAGGUAGUAUGCCCUUUCAUGCUAGAUCAGUUUUAUUGGGCUGAGAGAAUGCAUUGGCUUGGUGUUUCACCUGAACCGCUCAAUAGAAAUCAUUUGCUUCCUGAUAAAAAUGAUAACACAAGUGUGCAAGAAGCUGCUUGUGUACUAUCACUGUCAAUACAUGCUGCAUUAUCAUCAACAGUCAAAGCACGGGCUGCAGAAAUUGCUGAAAGAAUAUUGCUUGAGGACGGUGUAUCAGAGGCAGUUAAGUACCUCAAGGAAGAGCUGGGUUUAAAUUGAGAUAUUGAAGGCGUUUGAAAUGUUCCAAGAACCCACUCAUGCUUUUCUUCUCCAUUAUUCAAAUUCAUGGUAUUUUGUCACCAACUCAGCUCAGUAGUUGACGGCAUUAGAUAUUUCUAGACUUUCUCUUUUAGUGACUCUAUUCUUGUAUAUGAUCAUUCUGAAACUAGAUUAAAGAAACUACUAUUAACUUUAUGAUGUGAACAUUUUUUUUUUGGUGAUAGUAUGAUGUGUACAUUCUUACAGGGAGAUUAGAGUUUUAUUAAAUACAUAAUUAAAUUAUUUA